CCAACGCAGCUGGGCCGACGUGGGCGCAGCCGCCGCCCUCCCCGCGUUUUCUUAAAUUUCGUUUUUUUACAAAAAGGAAUUUCGAGAGAGAGAAAAAAAAUAAACAUUUACACGGCGGGCUGCAGUUCAGUCUUGCCGACUGUGUAGAAGAAGUAAAUUAGAUUUGGAGUUACCGUAAACAUUGUUUAAAUUUGACAGAUCGCAAGUGCAGCGGACCAAGCCCCCCCCCCUUCCCCUCGUCUUCAUUGAAACCGAUCGCAUGCAAGCUUCUCCUGCGGUGUUCACGGGCACCGGUCGAUUCAGGCGACACGAGCAGCAGUCGCCGUCAUCCCCCCCUGAUCUGGAGGGCCGGGGAGAGGGGGGAGAUCCUCUCGACGACGACUUACAGCUGGACGGACAGACGAUUGGUGGAAGGCCGCUGCCGCGGUGCAACCUGUGCGAGAUGUCGCGACGGAGUUCUCGCCUUGCCACCAAUGGCUACUACCAGGAGGAGCACAGCUACCACGAGGGAGACGGCGGUGGCAGCAGCGGCAGCGGUGGCGGUGGCAGCGGCACCGCGUCGCCCGGGAGCGUCCGAUACCGGGAAAAUGUGGCCAGGUCCCUCGAGGAUGAGAGAGUGUUCCGAGCGCGCAAAACUUCGCACCGGGGCUCCGGCGCGACCCCGCACGGUGCCCGGGGUCGGGCCCACGUCGACUCGCCGCUCGUGACCACGGAGAGAGGCAACAGCAUCCGCGUGGAGCGGGGCGACGGCUUGUCGCUCACCUCGACACUCAUCGAGGAGUCCUGCCUCCCCGAGCGGGAGUGCAGCGGAUACCUAUGGGGGCUUGACAAAGAGGAAGAUCAAUCCACCAUCACAUUGAUGAUGAGCGAGCAGACAGGCCACAUCUCCAACGAGAGCCAGAGAAGUCUCCACCACAAUACCAGCACCUCUGCGGCUGCAGCGGCGGCGACAGACGGCCAUGCCACACGGUUGUGGAACAAGCACAGCGGGGACCAGCACCGCACGUCGCCCGCCCAGCAUCUGCCGGAACCAGCGCGCUCAUCCAGCUGGCGGCGUGCGAUGGGAUGGGUUGCGUGGCCAGUGAACGUCUGUUGGACGCUGGUGGCGCAGUUCACGUUCUAUUGCGUGGGGGCAGCGAUCACGCCCCCACCUGUCUUUGGUGCCGUCCACGGAACGGCAGAUUCCAAGACAACUCGAAAGGCCAGCACCUCUGCCAACUUUUUCCGUCGCUUGGUGCUCAAAUGCAUGUGGGUGUUUGGGGUUGGCUGGUACAACCUCAUUGGUCUCCUCUCCCUCUUCAAUGUCUUCCUUCUCACCCGGCGCAUUCCCAGAGCGAUAAAAAUGAUCCUGCUUUUGAUACUGCUUUUGUUGGCCAUUGUAGGGGUUGGUUACGCGUUGGUGGUGUUCGGAUACGUACAUCUGUCGAGAAGUCAUGAACAUGCACAAGCUGUGCCGUCGGAUGUCAUGAUCAGUUCUGGCAUGCCGUCAGUGGUGCAAGUGCAGAGCCAGCGCCGUCUGCAGCAGCUGGAGCAGCAGGUGUCGUCGCUACGGGGCGUCGUCGAGCAGCAGGAGCUGCAACUGGAGCAGCUGCGGACCGCCGCUGAGCAGCAUGAGAAACAGGGGCACGCGCUGGAGGGGCUGCGCAACGCCGCAGAGAAGCAGGAGCGCACAAUCUGUGACUUGAAGAAGCUGGCAGAAGGACACGAACACAAGCGGUUGGCUUCGUCAGUCGAGGUCCUGGAGGAAAACGUUUCCAAGCUGAAGCACGAAAUCCUCCACGGGCAUCUGCAAAAGGUGGAGGCUGCCGUGGUGGCCACCCUGGGAGCCCUCGCGUCUCGCGGGGACGACCGCUCUGAGCUGGCGUUGUUCGCGGCGUGGCUGACGGCGCACGUGCUCUCGUCGGACCACAUGCGGACGCUGCUGCGGGAGACUGAGCAGGCCGUGGUGGCCAACGUGAGCAAGCGGUGGACAUGGCCCCCCGACCCCGAGCGCGACGGAGCCCUGGAGUCGACGGGCGGUGGCGUCUCCAGACAGGAAGUGUACGCGAUCGUGCAGAACGCCCUGAGGCUGUACGAGGAGGAUAAAAUCGGGAAGUUUGACUUCGCCUUGGAGUCUGCAGGUGGCACGGUGAUCAGCGUGCGGUGCUCGGAGGCGUACAGCCAGCAAAUCGCUCUCAUCACCCUGUUUGGGGUGCCGCUGUGGUACACAUCACAGUCUCCACGAGUGAUCAUCCAGCCAGAUGUCUACCCUGGGGACUGCUGGGCAUUUAAGGGUUCCCGGGGUUACGUCGCUAUUAAGCUUUCGGACACAAUCUACCCGUCGGACUUUACGUUGGAGCACAUCCCUCGCGCGCUCUCACCCACGGGCGACAUCACCAGUGCGCCCAAGGACUUUGCGGUCUACGGUCUGGAUGAAGAGAUUCAGCAGGAGGGAUACCUCCUGGGGCAGUACAUGUAUGACAAGCACGGUGACCCCCUGCAGAUGUUCCACAUGAGCAACUCGACGGCGGCACAUCCAUUUGGGAUUGUGGAGCUCCGCAUCCUGAGCAACUGGGGCAAUUCAGAGUACACCUGCAUCUACCGCUUCCGAGUGCAUGGCGAGCUGGCCACCUCCAGAGGAUGACGUGCUGAGGCAGGCCGGGCCACAUGAGCCCGGAGCUGCUCCUGCAGGAGGCCGUGAAACACAAGCACCAAUCACCACUGCCCUGCGACGCCCUCAUGCAGCAUCUGCAGCUUCCACGUGACAGCACCGCUCACUUGUCGCUCGCACACACACACACACCUUGGUGUCUGCACAGACUUACGACAUGUACACCGAUGCACCUGCACACACGGCCUGCUUGCUCAUAUGUCUGUACAGCUAUACCCCUGCAUGCACACCUGGCCCGCACAUCUAUUAAUCAUUACUCUCUGGAUACAUGCAUACUAAUAGAUUAGGUCAAUUCAUGUCACAAUUGGAAUAGAUUCUUAAAUUGAUUUGCGACUGAAUCGUGACAGUUCAUCAAAUUACAAUUGGGGUGAAUUAUUCCAUGCCCAAAUACCUACACACACACACACCUAUACGCCUGCAUUUAGGUUCCACUCAAUAUGCAGCGUAUGUAAAUGUGAAGUUUAAGUUUUUUUUAAACCCUCUUUUCACUUUGUUAUGCCUAAACUCUAUGCAUUGACUGUAGUGCAUUUUUCAACUCUUGUUGAGUAACCAGUAAAUAUUGAGGGAUUGUCUUGAAGCUCGCAGUGGCUUCUUCAGUUUAACAGGCAAAUUAAUAAAACCAGGAGGCUUGAGCGUGAAAAUAACGAACUUGUAUGUUGAGUGGCACCAUAACCUACACACAUCUAUACAUCAUCUGCCCAGUCGUACACCUGCACUUAUGAGCAUGCAUCGCAGUGGAAGGUGGUGCGGGCUGUGUGCUUGUUGUUGCUG